CACGGUGGCGAUAGGCGCCCCAGUAGGUCAACCCUAGGCAAGUACGUAGUGCCACCUUUAUUACUACUACUCUCAGUCAUCAUCCUCCUCGUCGUAGUCGUCGUCGCAGUCGUCGAGCAAGCCGUUGUAGCAAGUCGAUGUGUUAGAUGUCUGUCAAUAGCAGGAACAACUCUAGGUUCUCUACCCUCAAAGUUUUCAAGUUUAACAAGGAGAGACCGCCCCCGCCUCCUCCCAAGGACGGACCACGAUACGGGUUGCAAGUUCAAGGAGGACCAUACAGCAGUAGUAAAUCGCUUUACAACCCAAGCGUAACCUCAUUAAUACCUCCUACUACCGACGUUGUUCCUUCAUUGCCAUCGACACCAGUCACAACCGACUGCUCGCGUGCUUCUCCAGUUUCUAGCCAGUCCGCUCCCUCUGUUCGUUCUUUUGCACCUUCAACGUCUGUCGAGAGCGAUGGCGGCCUCAAACCAAAGCGAAACAUUUUCAAGUUCUCAUCGAUGGGCAAGCGAUUGAAUAGGUCAACUAGGAACCUUGUCGAACUAGACCCAGCUGAACCUCAAGAGGACGAGGGUAUAUCUACGCCAUGGAAUUUCCAGCAUAAUAUCCAUGUUGACGAGGGAUUCGUAGGUCUUCCUCCUUCAUGGUCUGCUGCCCUGUCACAGGCUGGCUUUACCGAUGACGAAAUUAUUUCCAUCCACGCUCGUCGAACCGCUGCCCAUGGCACACCCACAUCCCAACAUUCCAACUCCCGUCCUGAUUCUCCAAUCUCCCUCCUUCAUUAUCCAGCACCACGCACUUCUUCCCUUGCCAACGCAGCCUUGGCGGCACGCUCAUCAAAUUCAACAUUGCAGGCAAACACAUCACCCACUGCAAGCUCCUUCAACUUCCCUCCCUCGCGUCAAGCAUCAUACACCGGCACCACCUCCUCCCACACCACCUCUGUUGCCGAAGCAGAUACCGUCGACACCCAAUACGUAUUCGUAAACGGCUCAGGGCACGAAAGCAUGAUCGACCCGUACCCCCUCGACACGCAAUCCGUCUCCACCCACCACAGCGGCUCCACCAAUCAUACAACUCCACCUCAAAUCGCCCGGGCCCAUUCUGAUACAGGCCAUGUACCUGCUCGGGUCAACCCGCAUGUCCCUAGCCCGCUUGUCCACUCUCACAGCUUGCCACCGCACCUGCCCCUCGGUCUCCUGACUCCGCAUGGUACCCCGCGCACGCCUCCACGCAGAGUGCUUCAUGUUGCAAAUGCAAGUGAUGAGUCCCCUCCGCCUGCUUACCAUUCCCCGGUCCGUAGCUCGGGAUUCCUGCCGGAGAAGGCUGGAAUCUCGUCAGGAAGUGGAACAAAAACAGCUUUGGAUGAAUGCGGUCAUGUCCGGGACAAUGGAGAUGGAGAUUCUAUUUUGGAUAUCUCUGCUGCUGCAGAUACGACAUCUUCCUCCCUCUACGCGGAUCUAUCUCUUCCGCUCCCUAUCACGGACGUCGACCCGGCACUGUUGAAUAGGCAUCUGAGCCCGACUCCCCCGCUGGUGAUUGAUAAGAGGCCGAUGAAGGCGAAUGCAUUACCUCCAAGGCUGAGUUUCCAUUUAAGUGCGGACUUGGGACUGGGGGAUUGGGGAGCUGGAUUGCUUGGUGGAAUAGAAGAGGAUGAGAGCGAGAGUGGGUCGAGGAUUGCAAGCGCGAGAAAAAACGCGAGUGCGAGUAGCUUGAGAAACACCCACAUAACAGACAGAGGAGAAGGAAGCAGCUCGCUCCUCCCUGGGUUUUCUCUUUCCUCAUCAAGACCAUCACGCUCUCCAUCAACAUCCUCUCGCACCCCUUCAACUCCAACAUCUUCCAAAUCACACUCUCCUACUACAUCUGCAUCUACGCCGUCUACGUCACCUUCUCCUUCUGCACCUUCACCUCCCCCUUCUGAGCCGUUAGAUCCAAGUAUGCUCUCACCGACCCUUCCGGAUGUGUCUUUUGGCGCGAAUAUCACUCUUGGGGCGCCCCUUCGCGUUAUGGUGCCUCGGAACGCACUACCCACCCCAACUAGAAACGUAUUCCGCACGCCAAAGAGGGACCUCCCUCCUACGCCCCAUGAAACGAAUGCGGAGGACAAUCGUAAAAAGGAUGAUCACAAUCCUGUCUUACUGGAUGUUUCCCUGGGGCCGAACGUUUCGUCGCUUGGUGCUGCAUUUGGAAUGGGCUCGAGCAAUACUGCAGAAGAGCUCAUGAGGUCUUCGUCGCCUCCUGCUGAGCCGAGGUCUGCGUCAUCUUUCGAGCGACUGCCUUCUGCCAGCAGUGUUGGGAAGUCGCCUACUUCGUCCGUCACUGUAUCAUCGCAGUCGCCUAUCAGUUCGACGUCUGCAGCUUCCUCAACAGGAGGAGAAGGUCUUGCUUCUUCAGGUGACCGCAGUUCCUCAUCUUCCCUCCUCCCCGCACGACCCGCUGGUGACCGCGACUCCGGAAUGUCAACGGUGACAGUCACGCCCGCCACCAUCGUGAGCGUAAGUGGAGCCAUGGCCAUCACGCUAGCAACAGCCAGCGUCGUCGAGUCCGACUCUGUGUCUAUGUCCUCAUCUGCUGCCAAACCGCAUGGAGACGACGCAGGAAGCGAGACAGAAGAUGGUGCGUCCAUCAUCCCGCUGGACUCAGACCCAUCAUGGCCAGAACCCCCGCUCAGCCCUGAUCUUGACACUACCCCGCGGCAAGCCACGCGUUUCCGUACGACGUCCCUGAUCCGUGUGCAAGGCUCCCCUCACAGCUCGAAUUUCAGCAGCGAGGGUUCGACUACGGAAAGUACACCUCUCGUGACUCCCAAGUUACAGUUACCACCGUCGCCGCUCCGGGAUAAGAGUUUUGCUCCUGAAGCUGCACUUCUUACGUCUAUGACUGAUACGUUUGGAGGGCGGGAGAGUGAUAGUGAAGAGGGGUUUAUGCUCACUAUUCCCAAAGUGCAAUCACAUUUGCAACGAUUGCCAGCAUGGGUCGCAGACACCGUCGCUCCUCUUUCCGAGUUCAUAGUCGACGUCGAUCCCCAAGAAUACUUCGCAGACCUCCAAGAAAUCGCAGAAGGCGAAAGCGGAUCCGUAUAUGCCUCACGAGUCGUCUGCCCCCAAUCCACCCUCUCCAUCCCCCCCGAAACCACGCACGUAGCCAUAAAAACCAUCCCCGUCCAACCCUCCAUCUCCCCCAAACUCCAAGACCUCCGACAGGAAAUGGAACUGAUGCGCGGGGUGCAUCACGAGCAUGUAUUGCGCAUGGAUGCGUUUUAUGUGAAUGUUGUGGAUGAUUCUUUGUGGAUACGGAUGGAGUUGAUGGAGAGGAGCUUGGCGGAUGUUGUAGGGCUUGUUUGUGAGGGGUUGUCGUUGCAGGAGAGGAUGAUUGCGAGGUUUGCUAGUGAUGUUCUACUCGCGCUCGAAUAUCUCCAAAAACACCAAAUAGCUCACCGAGACGUGCGUUCGGACAAUUUGCUUUUAAAUGCGAGUGGGAUCGUGAAAAUUGCUGAUUUCUCGAAUGCUGUUCGUGUAACAAGAAAUUCGCCCAUGUGUUUUGGGGCUGUGGGCGUCAUCUACUGGCAGGCUCCAGAGAUGCGAGUUGGAGCGUAUAACGCGCUCAAAGUCGACAUAUGGUCGUUAGGCGCUACAGUAUGGGAACUAGCACAAACAGAACCUCCCUUUGCAGACGUCCAAGACCCACGUCAAAUCGGUGCCCAAUGGCCUGCUCUUCGUCAACCCGAGCUCUAUUCUAGAGCUUUCCAUGAUUUUUUGCGAUUAUGUUCCCGGCCGAGUGUGUCGAGACCAAACGCUAAUGAGUUGUUGAACACCCCCUUCAUCCGCAACGCAUGCGGUCGAGCAGUAAACGUCCAACUCCUAUCACAAUGUAGAGCUAUCGAAGAGCAUGUGCUGCAGAGAGAGAAUACUGGGGAAUCGUGACGAAUCAUGACGUGGACGGAUGGACGAUUUUACUCUUUUUUUUAGCGCCAAUCCGCCAGCUUUUAGCGCUAGGCCGCGAGAUAUCUAUCACAUAUUCAUAUCGCUAUCUAUACCCCCCAAGUCAUUUCUCAUAUCACUUAUUCAUCUUUUCUUCUUCUGAGGGGUGGUUGCAAUUAAGUGCUCAAGCUGGUGCUGGUGUUGUUUGGGGCAAGGGAAUGGUGAAUGGGUGAGUAAUUGAUUUGGACGAGUGAUCGCC